AUGGUUCAAGACUCACGGUCUCGACCAGUUAUAGCUCGAAAGCCUUUUAAGCCUCGGAACUGUGAGCCCACACACAAGGAGAUUCUUUUGUGGAAUCAUCCAAGAGGUCCAAUUACCCAAUCAAGCUUUUCUGCUCCAGCUACUCUAGUUUGUCGUUUCACGCCUAUAGAGCUUCAACAGCAGCGUCGACAAGGGCUGUGCUUCCACUGUGAUGAGCUUUACACGGUGGACUAUGCUUGCAAGAAGCUUUUCUUCAUUGAGCUGGAGAUGGGACCUGAGACAACCCCAAUGAUAUAG